AUGAGUAUAGGUUCUGGAGAUGCGGUAGAGGAAAUACCGCUAGAAAUUGAGGAUUACUCCUGCAAUACAUACUUUGAAGAUAUUGUAGGGGAAAUUGAACGUUAUCUCGUGGAGGAAUUCCGUACACGACCAGAAUUACAGCGUUUUCUUUCCAUUCCACAACUUUCUCAAAAUACAAAUCAAUCCAUUACUACUAAUACUACUGAUACUACUGGAGAGAUAGUAUUAGGACGUAAUUUCUUAGUGGGUCGUCGUCGUAAUAAUAGUAGUAAUAAUAAUAAUCAGAGUAAAGAAGAUAUGUCUGAUAGUGAAGGCAUUGCGGUGGAGAUUCAUAUAUGUGGUUCACAAGAAAAAGAACAUGAAUAUGAACAACAUCCGAUAUUUCGUCUUUUUUCACUUCCUAUUUUUUUUCUGGCACGUAGUACCACAACAGCCUCAUCCUAUCACACCAGUGAAUCUUCUUAUUAUCUUUCGCUUCUUACAACGGCGGUGAGUCGAGUGAUGCGGGGUCCUUUCUCUUUACAUUUUGGUAAAGAUCCUUCCCCUAUUCCUUCCCCUUUUUUUUACGCUAAUGGUACCGCCCCAUGUUUUGUUUCUAUUGGAGAUCAUUAUGAAUUAGCCUUUACAGGUGUCUCUCCACCAUCUAUGAUAACAGAAUGGGGAGGAGGUAAUAAUAAUAAUAAUAAUAAUAAUAGUGAAAAUGGAAAGUUACAACAAAUUAUUUCUCAACCUGUAGUGAAGUGUCGAUUUCAUUGUAGGGCUUAUUCACAUCCACCGCAGUGGUGUCAACGUGUUGCGGAUUAUCUUGAUAUCUUUCAAUUACAAAUUGGUCCACAAAGUCGUAUUUGUACAGAUAUUUUUGAUGGUAUAUCUAUAUCACUUCGACGAACUUUUCGAUUAAAACUACCCCGACGAUUUUCACCAUAUCAUACAGAAGAAUUAAAACCAACGGUUGGUGGUAGAGGAAAUACAUUAACAUGGGAUGAAAUUUUACAAUUUGAAAAUGAAAUUAUGUUACUUUCUGCUGGUCCAACGACUUUUCCUUUUGGAACUGGUACGGCACCAUUACGUGGUGUUUUGUUUUCUUUUCAGUGGAAUCAAUUACAUGAUACGGAAGUACAUGAUGAUGGAAAGAAAAAUUCGAAUUUAAAUCCUUUUGGAUCCGAUGGGGUUAAGACACAGAAUAAAUUAACGAUUAAAGCCAUUGCAAUACCAAAAAAAGAAUGUGAAUUAAAUCAUACAGCGUGUAAAAGUCUUUCAGAGUAUGCAUAUAUGGUGGUGGAAGAUAUCUCUUCUGAAAAAAAAUUAUCACCAGCAAAUGAUAUAUCACCAACUCUUGAUGUUAUGGCAAAUGAAAUUAUUUAUAGUCAUACUGUAAGUCUUUCAGGGCAAAUGAAUCUUCUUAAACGAUUAAUAAGUGAUGAUGAUGAUGAAGGAGGAGAAACCAAUUCUUCUAAUAGUGAUAUUCGUAAAGUAUAUUUCCCAGGUUCUCUUUUAUGUCGUUUUGCUUAUGUUUGUGCUAAUCGUUUAGAACUCGCACGAGAUGUUUAUACCUUAUGGAUGUUAGUUGUGGAUCGUCUGAGGGAUCUUCUUGAGGGAGGAGGUGAAAGAGAUCAUUCAUUGCAGCAACUUAUUGAUACUAUNGAACCCUUGAUGGUAUUACGAUUUAUGCCAAGAUUAUCGACAGCAGAUGAAGAUGGAGUUGGUUUCUUUGUAGCUGUAUUUCUUUGUCACGGAGAUUAUCGAACUAGUUGA